UGAUAUAGCAAUUUCCUUUUGAUAAAUCAUAAAUAUUGAAAGUAAAUUAAAUGAAUUUGUCUUUAAAAGUUAAAAAAGCAUGGCCUUCUAGAUUAAUUAAUGUGAUAAGCAAAUUGAUGUUCACUUUGUAUUCACUUUGUUUUAAUUUAUUAAAAAAUGAAUAAGCUUCUUACUUUACUUGGCCCAAAAAGAUUAUUUGACUGUCGUUCUAUUACCACAAGAAUUGCUGCAGACGGAAAAGAUGUUCCCAAAAAUAAACAAUACGAAAAUAGAAUUACACUAAUUGGAUCAGAUAAUUCAGUUAGUAUAACGGAUCUCAAAAAUGCCCAGAAUUUGUCAACUAGACGUGAUUUAAAGUUGGUUAAAAUCCAGGAUGCUGAUUCGAAGACAAGACGACCAGUUUAUAAAUUACUGACAAGUGCACAGUAUCAUGAAGAAGAACUUUCUAGAAGAAAAGAGAAAAAAGCAUUAUCUGAUAGCAACACACUUAAAGGUCAAAAAUUGAUGACUAUAUCUUCAAAAAUUGCAGAUCAUGAUAUAUUGACAGGUGUUAAAAAAAUGGGAAAACUACUUGAAAAACACUAUGAAGUGAAAGUAGUUAUAUCUGGUGAUGAAAGCGAACACUCAAAAUUGGAAAGGAUAUAUACAAUGAUAGAAAAAAAUUUAAAGGCAGUAGGCAAAGUGGUGCAAUUACGAACCAAGGGAAACAAUAUGAGAUUUCAAAUGAUACCAAUUAAAAAUAAUAGAGAUCAGUCCAAAGUUGAAGCUAAUUCUGGCGAUAAUAAUAACGACAAUAACAAAGGGCCUCUGUGACUAGCUGUAUUUUUUGUCGCUUUAAUAAUUAUCAAGUACACCAUUUAUAGUAAACACUAUUUUUCUAAACAUGACUUAAAUAGAAAAACCAAAGAGGAAAUGUUGUGCGACAGACAAAAACACAGUGAGUGUUAAGACAUUUUACUGUAUUAAAUUUAGUCACUAUUAUUAAUAUAGUUAUAAAAUAUAUAGUUUAAGAUUAAGGUAAAUUAUAUUUGAUUUCUUAAAUUAAGAUCUUUAAUAAAUUUUUUCCCUACCACCUAAACAUCUACCCAAAUGAACUCCACAUUUCUAGAGAUAAUCUCAUGUAAACAAAGAAAAGUUUGAAAACAUGAACCAAACACAGGAUUUGAACAUUUGUAUCAAAUAGAUAGUUUUAUUAUAGAACCCAGAUACCUCAGUGGAUGUAGAGCGAUAA